UAUAUCGCUGAGUCAUCGUCGUCUGAGGCGGCGGCCGAGCGCGUGUGGCCCCGACUCGCUCGCCGACUCAAGUACUCAUCCCGACGAGUUGAGUCAAGCUGCGUCUUCGUUUGGCCGCUGUUGCUCUCUUAUACCCGCCUUGAAGACGCCAAUUCUCGUGGGGAACAAAAUGCCACUUCUUGUAGGCGGCGUCUACGACACCUUUGGAGGAGGCUACCGGAAAUAUGGCCUAGAGCAAAAGGGAAGUUGUUUUACCCUCAACGAGCGCUCCAUCAGGAUAAUGUCGGGAGCUUUGCAUUACUUUCGAGUCCAUCCCGACCAGUGGCCCGACCGCCUGGCUAAGCUCCGGGCUGCCGGACUCAACUGUGUCGAAACAUACGUUCCCUGGAAUCUACACGAGCCUCGGCAAGGUCAUUUUGACUUCGGGGAUACGGAAGACGCCAUGUCUCCUUUUCUAGAUCUGCCGGAAUUCCUGAAGGAGGCCCAGAAGCAGGACCUAUUGGCUAUCGUACGCCCAGGACCCUACAUCUGCGCCGAGUGGGACUUCGGGGGACUGCCCAGCUGGUUGCUCCGGACGCCCCACCUGCAGGUCCGCACUAGCCAGCCGGACUUCCUCGCCGCCGCCUCUCGCUUCCUGAAGGAGACGCUGAUGAGGAUCAAGCACUUGACCUUCCGAUGCGGUGGCCCCGUCAUCGCCCUGCAGGUUGAGAACGAAUACGGUUCCUUCGGCUACAGCGACCUCCCGCGGGACAGCAAUUAUCUGGACUCGAUUUAUCAGGUCAUGGCCUCAGUCAUACCCGCCAGCGAGGUCGUGUAUUUCACUUCCGAUACCCCUACGUACAGGGGGGACCUCGGAGCUAUCAAAGGAGUGCUCCAGACGGCGAAUGCGCAGACAUCGGUGCUCGAGGAGUUCAAAGAGCUGCACCGCCUGCAACCCAACAGCCCACUGAUGGUGACGGAGUUCUGGUCCGGCUGGUUCGACCACUGGAUGGAACCACACAGGAACCGCUGGCCUGAAAAAGAGUUCUCACGCGCUCUCGAGGAAAUCCUGAAGAGAGGCGCGUCUUUCGACUUCUACAUGUUCUGCGGCGGCACCAAUUUCGGCUUCCUCGCGGGCGCCAACGUGCAGAAGGAGUGGCCUUUCUACGCGCCGGAUGUCACCAGUUACGAUUAUGACUGUCUCCUCACGGAAAACGGAGACUAUACUCCAAAGUACAUGAUCACAAAACAGUUGAUCAGCCAAUAUCAGGCUCGUGUGCGUUCUCCUGCUCCGCCUGAAAAGUCCCCAAGAGUCGCAUAUGACGACAUAGUUUUGAAUAAAAUAUUAAACCUCAACGAACUCAUAGGACAGCUACCACACGUGAAGAGUCCAAACGUAAUGGCUAUGGAAGACCUCCCUAUCAAUGAUGGCAACGGGCAGUCCUACGGAUACACGCUGUACCGCACACGUAUCACUGUACCCAAAGGGGGAGCCACAAUAACUAUCAGGGGGCACGUGAGGGACCUUGCACUUCUUCUCGUCGACCUGAAGCUUGUGUCCCCUUGCAUCAACGAGCCACGUGAUCUGGACGGUUUUGGUACAUGGGUGAAAAGAAACUCUACCUUUGAGCUCUCGAGUGAGUACAGUGGCAUACAUACACUAGACAUUUUAGUGGAAAACAUGGGUCGUGUCAACUUUGGCAAGCCUCAUGACUUCACAAUGAAAAAGGGACUUAGCGAGGGCCCAGUCUUACUCGGCAGUGAAGAACUCCAGGACUGGCUCAUCUACCCGAUAGAAUUCAAGAGUGGAGACAUAAACAGAUUGUUGGGCUGGAGGUCCUACGCAGAUGAAGAAGUGGUAGGCCCAGCGUUGCUUCAGGGGGACUUGGAGAUUCAAAAUGAGCCUGAAGACACCUUCCUGGACGCAUGCGGGUGGGGAAAGGGCGCUGUGUUCGUCAACGGCUUCAAUCUGGGCAGGUUCUGGACAGCUGGCCCACAGAAAACCCUGUACGUCCCUCGACCUCUUCUUGUGAAAGGACUCAAUAAGAUAACAGUGUGGUCGCAGUACGGAGGCCAGGGAGUGGUCAAAUCCAAGGACAGCCAUGACCUGGGUGCCGAAAACCCUACAGGUGUAACCCCGGGCAGUGGGGGUCCUCUCAUCAAUAUUUGCAAGACUCAUGAAUAGUCGAUUCUCGAGUAACCUUGCGUGCAUCUUUUCUAAACUUGCAUAUUAGAGUAGAUGUAGGUGAAUACUUGAAUAUUUUGAGUGAAUGCCAUCCCUUAAGUUUCUGUUGUCAGAGUUGCAUUACAUUCCUCUUAUAU